UUUUUUUUUAUGUGCUGUUUUUGUCAUUUCUUGAUGCUGCGGAACAGUUUUAAAAGCGUAUUUGUAGUUUAUUUAUUUUUGACAUUAUAAGGUCGUUUAUGGAGAUUGAAAACGUAGCAAACGUAUUUUGACAAGGAGUGGAACAAUUAUAGCCGUGCAGGCGGUGAAAGUUUAAAAAAAUAAAUGAAAUUGACCGAAGCGCAGUAUUUGAGUAUUUCCAGUUCCUUCCUCUCAUGAUGAUUUUUGUCCCAACUAACAAGAAUUUUCUUAAUUUAUGAAUCAGUUGAUUAUUUUUUUUAGAUGAAUACUAUUAGCCCCUGUAUUCAAAACCGAGACAUUAUUUCAAAUUGUCAGCGGCGAAGAAAACGUACAAAGAAAAUAAUUCCGCUUUCGUUCCCGCUUUGGUCCGUAACGUCCAAAAAACGUUGGUCGUCGUUUUCGAAACGCGCAAGUCCGCAAUUUGGAGGAUUUGGACCACCUCUAAACGAUGAGUCGUGGGUUAAUUGGGCAAACGCAUUAGCGAUUAGCAACGGCGGCAAAAACUGCAGCGGAACGUCGCCUGACGAGAAACGCCAGGACCUGAGCGGCGUCCAUCUUUGUCCCCCCCCGGCCGCUCGGCUCCUCCCCCUGUCCGCUCUCUCGCCCCUCCCCCUUUUUCUUUCUGUCGAGCGCUUGAUGCUCGGCGCCUGGUCUUCGGUCCUUCUCCCUCUAUCCACCCCCAGCUCUCUUUUGUGUCCUUGUGUUCUUGUUUUGGAGCAGCCGGGGCGGCCGUGACCAUCUCUCCUACCCAUAGCGGAUUCCCCCCCCCCCCGCACCACCUUUUUUCCUGCGCCUCCGCUGCGGGAGGUUAUGGACGGAUUGCGCUUACCUCCGCUCAUCGAGGAGGCUUUGGACUCCACAGAUGACGUGAGCGAGCUGAAAGGCGAGAGCAGCCGCAGCAUCGACGGCACGAUGGAGCGCCACGACCGCAAGGAAGACGACGAGCGGGAGCUGGAGGAGCUGAGGGCUCGAGUCCUGCAGAUGCUGCUGCAGCUGGACGACGCCAGGGAGACCUCCGCCAAGCACCGCGAGAGCUACGCCGAGAUCCAAGGACUGCUGGAGGACGAACGUCUGGCGAGCGCCCACCAGGCCGAAGCCUUCACGCGACAGAUCCAGAAUCUGCAAGCCCAGCUGCGCUCGGUCCAGGAGGAGAUGGACAGCCUGGAGGAGGAGAAGGAGAGCGAGCUGGCCGAGGCCCAGGAGGAGCUGCGGGCGGCCCAGGAGGAGGCGCUGCUGCUGCAGCAGGCGGCCGAGGAGGCGGCGGCCGAGCGCGAGAACGACAUCGCCUCCCUGCAGGAGGAGCUGUGCCGGCGGAGGGCCGAGCUCCAGCGCCUGGGCGAGGAGACGCGCGAGUACGAGCUGGAGAUCACCACGCUGAGGGCCGAGAUCAGCAUGAAGAGCCGGCGCAGGGAGGCCGAGAGGAGCCGAGGCGACGUGGAUCUGUUGACGGAGGAGUGCCGGACCCUGCGGGGGGAGUGCCAAGCCCUGAAGGACGACAACCGGCGCCUCUCGGAGAGGCUGCAGCUGCUCCGCAGGCAGAGGACAAGCUCCAGCGUUUACUUGUCCCUGAAAGAGGAAGAGGCGGGCCCCGAAGGCACCGAGGGCGAGCAGACGGCGACGGCCGACGAUGUUGACGACGUCCUCGCCGAGAGCUACAUGACCAUGGCCCAGUCGGACGACUGCCGGCUGGUGGACGCCUCCGUCCAGAAGAACAUUUCUUUCGACGGCAAGCCCGGCACGCCCACCGGCUGGAACGGCGGCGUCGGGGAGGUCUUUUCGCUCAGGGAGCAACUCAAACAGGCCGAGGAGAAGGCCUCGCAGGUUCAGAGAGAGUGCGACGGGCUCAAGCGGGAGCUGCGGGAGCUGCAGGAGCUCUACGACGGCAGUCAGAGGGAGCGCAGUGAGCUGGAGGAGGAGCUUCGGCGCUGCAAGGAAGAGCUGGAGAACUUGUCUGGGGGGGGUCAGAGAUUCAUCCAUCCGUCUGAGCACCCUGUUCUCUCCAUCCCCUUCAUAGGAAUGAUUGUAAUAGUGGCCGUGGUCUGGUGCUGCUUGUCGGAGUUGGCGUCCCGGAGAGCAAGGGGAGUGAGCUAGCUUGGAACUCCAUCUUGGCGGUGACGGCGGCCGCCGCCGUCUUGCUAAUGACGACCGGCUUGUUGAGGGCGCUCGUCCGAUGUUGAGCCACCGGCCACUUUGCCACCAGACGGGCGUCUGCCCGCCCGCUCACCUCAACCGGGAUCCUCUCGACGUGACGGCGCCGAGGUACGACGCCUACGCGGCGGAGGCUGAGGAGGAUCGCCGUGGCGACGGCUCGAGGACAACUGUCGCUCUUCUUCUGUGAAUAUUCGCUUUGGAUGUGCACCCAAUGGAAUGAUUUCUUCUUUAUUUAUUGAUUUUUGUUGCAUUCGAUAUUGUGUUUUGCAAACGUGCUAACGUACAAAUUGUCGGGGGGGGGGGGGGGGGGACUUGCGUUUUGAAGCCGACAAGUGGGCAAAGGCAUUCAUAGUGAGGGUAUGUUAAAAAAAAAAAAAUACUGUGCAUGUUAAAUAUGUAAAAAAUGUUGAUCGAUCAAAUUCAAAUAAUUAGAAUUUUGUACUUGUCGUUGCAGUGGUACCUCGACUUAACAACUUGGCAACUAAGUAACGAGUUUGCAUCACGAGCUGAUAUUUUUUGGGCGAGGUGUCGCGAGCACAAAUUUCAGUCAUGAGCGACCUCCAGAUAUGCCGGAGCGGUUGAGGCGGGUGAUGCCUGGCUCGUGGGCGAGGGGGGGGCCACCGUCACCAAAAAACGCACCCAGCCACCCGUUUUCUGAGCCGCAUAUCCUCACGAGGGUCGCGGCAGUGCCGGAGCCAAUCCGGGGCACGCCCUCAACCGGUCGCUAGCCAAUCGCGGCGCGACAAACGCACAGGCGGCAAAUGCAAACACUCGCAGGGAGCAGACGCUCAAAGUGGACCAACCACGUCGUGACCAGACCAAGUGGCGCUGACUAGGCCACGCCCCUCCAAGGCACACGUACGACACGCAGUCUUUGUGCCUAAUUACAAUUUUUUUUACUUUGCGUUCACAUUAUUUUGGGAUUUUCCUUCUUUUGGGGGCUGGAACGCAGUCGUGGAAUUUUAAUUCAUUUCAAUGCGGAACGUUGAUUUGAGUCAUUUCAGUAAGAAGUCAAGGUGCCACUGUCAUUGACUUAAGUCGAAUAUAUUUAAUACAGUUUAGAACACAUUACAUGCAUGUAAACUUGCUCAUUUUACUCAUAUCGCUACGUCAUAGUUUGCACAAAUGAAUCGAGCCACUUGAGGAAGUAAAAAGGUCGAAAUGAUAUGAGAGCAAGCAAAAUGCACGUUUUGCUCUUUCACAUUUUCCCGCAAAAGGACACCGCUAGGCUGCUCUUUAUAGCGGAAUAUUUUUAUUGUUUUUUUUAAAAUCAUCCAAGACACGCCUGGUUUGGGAGGAAGGCCGGGCUUCGACUUUGUCUCGCGUCGUAGCCAGCCACGGGAAAUAAGAUUUAAAAAAAAAAAAACUGCUUUCAGUCCAAAUUUUGAAGCGAGAGGGCCCACGUACGGCACGGCGAUCAUCGGGUCCAAAACGAGCGCCCUCGCCGUCAAAAUCGGCAAAAGCGAAUUCCUCAACUCACUCUUUUAAUAUCUUCAACUUUGGAGAGAAGAUGCACUCCUAAUCUGUCAUGGAAGAAAAGUACAAAAUUGACUUCCUAAAGUAUGUCAAGAGACCCCAAAAGUUCCAGUUCCACUUUUCCUGGUCCAGAGAAAUUGAAAUUUUGAACAAUUUAUAUGUAAGAUGUCGUGCUUUAUUUUCUUGACUAUCGUGCAAUUCAAGGGCUGACUUGACGAGUGCGAGGAGGGGAGCCAGACCCGUUUUUGUUAAUUCUGUGGACCGGCGUGAGCGACCCGCCGCAUUUAAAAGUGGGACAUCGUGCAUCAGCCAAUUUAGAUUCUGUCCAAUGGAAACGGCUCAUCUCAUUUCCUCUAAAGGCGACAAAAUAGCUUCGCAGGGAAAGAUGAUUUGCGGGAGAGGACGCCGCAAACUCGGCGCCGGUGGCACAUAGAACAUAAGCCCCUCCCCUGAGGAAUUGGUGAAAACGGCAAAUUCAACAUGGCCGCAGACCUCCCGAAAGGUAUCCAGAGCCCAUCUGACGGAUCGCUUGUUUCUACCUCCACACGCCCGCCGUCGCGCCUACCUCGGGGCGCUACCAAACGGAAAAAAUCGAGCGUUCUGGUGUUCCUGACGGGUUAUCGAUUCUUUUCACCGGUUACGCUUCCUGAUAUUUGACAAUUUGGCGACGAACAUUCGGAAAUCGCUACGCGGCUCCUUUUGCAAUCAACUUGAUCCAAAAUUAAUUCAGCCAUAAAACGGAAAAUUGGUUACGUGAAAAAGAGCGUAUUGGAUCUGGAUUUUCCAAAAUACUUUCAACAGGAUUAUAGAAAGCCGUUUUUUUGUUGUUGUUGUUGUUUUAAAGCGGAAUCGUGCCGAGGAAUCGUGAGGCAAGCAAACAAAAGAUUCCCUGGAGUCAAAUUACUGACAAGCGGAACUCAAAAGGAACCCGUUUUGAAAUUCCUUCCUUAGUCAAGAGUCUCUCCCUGAUGAUCCUCCGGACCCACAAUCAAUAAUAAUAACCUUGUUCAAUAUGUAUUUGCGAUGACGACAUCUUGGCCCGCGUGAAACGGAAGCUCGGCCGAUUUGUAUCACUUUAGGAGCGUUUUGGAACGCAAACGAGGGGAGGGGCCACAAAAGUUCGGAAUUCCUCCAUAGUGACGAGUGAGUAAGGAACGAUCCGGAACCGCUCGUCACGACAAAGUGACCCGCAGUGGACAUUUUAGGAAGUCACGAGAUCUGCCGUAUAAAGCAAACGUCCCUUUGUUGCUAUCGUCAACGAUGAUACCGUAAAAAGCGAUGAAUCCGAUCGGUGCGCGUCUACGCACCAAGCAGACAAAGCUGCAUGGGAAAAAUGUCAAAUUUCUUCAAACGUUCUGUCUGUGCGAGACACGUGUGAAAUCUUUUACUUUGACUCUUUGUGGUAAGAAAAAGCAUGCGCAAAAUGUUGGAAACUGAAUCGAUGUUUCCCAUUACAAUGAAUGGAAAAAGAAAUAAUGCGUUCCAAUUGAAAAAAAAAAAAAAAAAGAAAAGUUAGGCUUUUUAAAGCAUUUUUUUUUUAGCUUUUCCUCGUAAUAAGGGAGGUUAAAGUAUUUAUUCCGUACCUGUGAGCGGAAAGCUACUAGUGUGCAAAACAUGCCUACUAGUUGGGCCAGGUGGUGUUUAUAGCGCAGCACAGAAGUUGAGGUUGAAUUAAGCACUAGUAACCCAAAAGCGGCACCUGUAGUGGGAAAAAAACAAAACGAGGCCGUUCCACUAGCGCGCCGAGACUACUUACUAGUCCAUCAACUUGAAGUUGGACAUGAAGGCCACGGACUGAAUGCUCUGAAAGGUUUUCCACUCCGCACUCCAAUCAAUGUCUUUUCACGAUGAUGUCACUUGAUGAAUAUUUCAUGUAAAUAAGAAAGUACGCGGCACAUUAGCGGGGAGCCUUUCCCCCCAAAUUCCAUUUGUACUUUGUGCUUUGUAGAAAGUUCUAUUUUAACAACCUCCGAAAAAAAGAAAAAAAAAAACUUAAAAAGAGUGUCAUAUAUUUGAUAGAGUCAAACGUAAAAUGUCUAUUUAUGUUGUUUGAAAAGAGUAAUAAUAUUCUAAAUAAUAAGUGCGAGUCGCCGGGCGACGACGGAAGGAGUGGGCCGCGUCUCGCCGGCUGACGCGCUCGUCGUGACCGCCGAACGGCAAACUCCAAAAUGUCUUUGGACUGUCUGAUGAUGCACAACUCGCAAAUAAAACCGCUGCAACGCAACGCGCCGACGUCCUCUUUUGUAAUCAAGUACAAAUACUUUGGGUACCCGCUUUCUUUUUCUGUCUCCAUUUUGAAACUAGUAUCUCUACUCAAGGCUCAUCAUUUUUUUUCCAAACCAAGCGGAUGACGACAACCCCAAAAAAU